AUGAAGGUUCUAGCAAACUUUGAUAGAGUCACCUCAGAUAAUCUGAGAGAUUCUGUGAAGUCAAAACUUACUUUUAAGGGCCAUCUUCAUACAUAUCGCUUUUGUGAUGAUGUCUGGACUUUUGUGAUAAAAGAUGUGAAUAUCAAAUUUGACGAUAACGAGACAGUGAAUGUCGAUAAGUUUAAGAUAGUGGCUUGUAACAGCAAAAGAACUGGAGAAGUCUAA